AUGUCGUCUACCUCUAGCUUGAUAUAUUCCAGCUCAAGCCUCUUCAAUGACGAACCUAAUGUCGCAAGUGAUAAUAAAAAUGGCGCUCUUAAGGCCGAGUCAUUGACUUUGGAUUUCAAUUCCACAUUUGACAAUAAUUUUGCCUCCAUAUUGGCCGAUGAUAUCGGCAGCAUAUCGCCCUUACCUACGUCUAAUGGUGAAGAUAAAAUGGGCUCGAAAGACCUUCGCCCAAGUGUUCUUGAGUAUGUUGAUUUUCUAUACUCAAAACUUGAAAAGAGGAGUCCUGGGUUUGCAGAGCGAGGAUGCCAGGAUUGGCUUCCCUACAUGCAAGCAGAUCAUCACCGCACGACUUGUAACGAUCUGGUCACCCAAUGGAUUAUCGAUCUUGGCACAGUUUCUUCUGAUGUUCUUAUGACUCGAGAAUCAAGCGCUCUCUUUGUCAAAAGCAUUGAUUAUAUUUCGACAAAGGUCACUGCCAUCCUUCUACAAAUAUAUAGAGACGCUCCCGGUUCGUUCUGGAAGCCAUUUGACAAGAAACUGGCUUUUGACGUGCGGAGCAUGUUUUCUUUCUUGUAUUUAUUUUGUUUCACUUGUUUGUUUGGCGCACUUGAAUGUACAUUGACCACGCGAAAGUUUUAUUUUUUAUUUCUUCAAUCUCUUGCUGAGUAUCUAAUUUCGGACGGUGCUCUCCUUCGGUUGGAAAAGGAUUUUUUCUACCUUUUUGAAGGCAUUUUGGAGCAGCGGCAAGUUAGGCUUAAGAGCCUUAUUUCACAAUCGCUGUUGGGGUCUACUAAUCACAAAGGCGGAAAUCUGCAGCUUCUAAAUGAAUAUUAUACAGUUGCCAUUGAAGGCUCGCUUUCGUCCAUCUCGUCUCUCAAUGCAUCGCUUUAUCGGAUUGAGUCCUGGAGACCAAGCCCUGCGGACCUUAUGACAUUGGUUGAAUCGCUCUCGCAUCGUCCGUUUUCAAAUCUUAAAGCGAAAAGGCGAUGGCCAUCCUGGAUUCGACUAAUUUCGGUGCCAAUGGUUACUGCUGCCCUUGUUGUUUUCACCAGGCUGCUCAAAAACGGCUUAUUAGGAAGGCGAGUCAUGUUGUAG